AUGACGCGCCGCCGCGCGCCCCCCUCCCUCGCGCUCCGCGAGCUCCUCGCGCUCUUCCUCGCGCCGCUCCUCCUCGCCCCGACGCGCCCCGCGCUCGCGAAGACGUUCCCGUCCGAGGUGACGAAGCUCCUCGCGCUUCGAACCGAGCUCGAGCGCCGAGGGCUCGGCUACCUCCUCGAGACGUGGCGAUGCCCGCCCGCGAGCUCCGGCGCGCCGUGCGACCCGUGCGGCGCGUCCUCCGGCGCGAGCGACUCGUGGGGCGACUGGCACUACGUCGCGUGCCGCGCGGUGCCGCUCCGCGAGCGCGUCGCCGCGGCGUCGCUCCCGGAGAACGGCGGAGUCGUCGACGCGUACGCGAACGACGUCGGCGCGUGGGGGCUCGUCACCAACGUCCACCUCUCCGACCUCGCCGUCGAGGGCACGCUCGCGGCGUUCGAGGAGACGCUGUGCCCGUUCGAGCACCUGCGGGAGCUGGACAUGGACGGCGGGCGCCUGCGCGGGGAGGUGCCGGCGUUCAUCGGACGGUGCUUCCCGCGCUUGACCGAGCUCGACCUGUCGCACAACGAGCUGAGGCGCGUCCCAUGUCACACUGGUCCCCGUACGACCGCGUCGGCGUGCGGCGCCGUGCCCGCGGGCAUAUGGAAGGGGACGCCGGCGUUGGAGCAGGCCAAGCUCGAGGACAACCGACUCGUGGGGACCAUCCCCGCGGAGCUCGCGUCGCUGCCGAGGCUGAAGGUGCUGUGGCUCGAGAAGAAUGACCUGAGAGGGUCCAUCCCGACCGCGUUCGGCGCCCCGGACGCGUUCGGCGGGUCGCUCGUCUCGUUCAACGUCGAGGAUAACCCGAAGCUGUGCGGGCCCGCGCCUCCGGGGCUCGAGGUCGACUGGUCGUCGCAGCUCACGAGGGACGCGAUCGAGGGCGCGUCGCGGGAUUGGUUCGCGUUCUGCGAGAAGGACCCGUGCGGGGUCUUCGCGACCGGAGGGACGAAGGUCGGGACGCCGUGCGGCGACGACGACGACGGCGGCGGCGGCGCCGCCGCGUUUGAAGGCUGCGGGAAAAAGUGGGACCAGUGCGGCGGGACCGUCGAGGUGUUCACGUACGCCGACGGCGCGUUCGGCGACGACAUGGGCGACGACGUCAUCGCGAGGGAAGUCCCGUUCGAGGGCGAGACGUGCUGCCGCCGCGGGUUGAAGUGCGCGGAGAUCGAGCCCGACGCCGACGACCCUCCGAGGCGUCCCGGCGCGGCGCUUUUUUUUCAGUGCGUCCCGGACCCCGACGCCGAGGUGCCCGAGCCCAAGACGGUCGUCCCGGCGACCGCGCGCGAGGCCUUCCGCGCCGCGAACGGCGCGGAUACGUCAAAGUGCGCGCCCGCGUGGGCGCAGUGCGGCGGUCCCGCGUCGUACUUGGGGUCCACGUGCUGCCAGGGCGCCGCGAAGUGCGUCCGCGUGUCGCCGUUUUACUCUCGGUGCGAUCCGACGUCGUGCCUCCCCGCGUUUGAGCCCGGGGACCGGUGCGGCGGCCGCGGUUGGGACGGGCCGACGUGCUGCUACGAGGGCUUGGAGUGCGUCGCGAGGAACGCGUCCGCGCACGUGUGCGUGAAGAACACGACGACGAACGCGGAGACGUACGCGCGCGACGUGAAGACGUGGAAGCUCGUCGCGGAGAAGAAGACGACGGCGAAAGUCCUUAAGGAUCGGCGUUCACCACGCGAACGCGGUCGUAUGGGGACCAGUGUACAGAACGCACCGGACGCGCCGCGGACCGUCGCGGACGAGCCCGAGACGCCCGCGGACUGGGCGGAAGCCCCGGACGCGCGAGAUCGAGAUCGAGGCGGGCGCGGAGGCGGAAUUGUCGGACUGGACGACGUCGUCUUUGACCUGCCGUCGAUGGACCCGGCGCCGGCGCCGUUCCGUCCCGCGCCGACGACGGACCCUCCGCCGCCGCCGCCGCCGCCGUCGACGCCUCGCGUCGGUUCCCCGCCGCCUCCGUCGCCGCCGGCGGCGGCGGCGACUCUCGCGUCGCCUCCGCCGCCGCCUCCUCCACCUCCGCGUCCAGCGCCGACGCGCGGCGACUGCGGGGUCACGAUCCCGACCUGGGGACAGUGCGGCGGCGUCCUGUUCGACGAUUUCUUCCCGGGGCUCCGCGACGCGUGCUGCGAGCGCGGCUCCGCGUGCGUGACCCAGGACAGGUGGUACUCGCAGUGCUUGCCCACCGACGACGACGCUCGCGUCGCCCGCGCGAAUGGCGGCGGCUCGGGGGGCGUUACGCCGCCCUGCGCGGAGACCUACGGCCAGUGCGGCGGGAGAGAACACGCCGGCGCGACGUGCUGCGCGAACGACGGCGACGACUGCGUCGAGCAGGACGAGUGGUACUCGCAGUGCCUUCCCGAGGGCGCGGGCGCGGGCGCGGGCGCGUGCGCGAGCACGUACGGUCAGUGCGGCGGCGCCGAGUUCGACGGCGCGACGUGCUGCGCGAACGACGGCGACGACUGCGUCGAGCUGGACGAGUGGUACUCGCAGUGCCAGCCGAGGGGGCGGUGA